AUGCCUGAUUCAUCGGGUGAUGAGAAAGACUCUCGAACCGCGUCCGUCGGCCUCCCACGUGCUCGCGCAAGCAAUACUGGUUCGAACAACUCGUCGCGACGCAGUUCUCAGGACAGGAAACAGGCGAAUCCGGCUAAGAGACGGAGGAUUAAGGGGAAAGAUUCCACUGGUCGAGAUGUCCGGGACUUUGUCCCUCAAGGGGCCACAUUCAGUGCCACAGGCGUGUUGGAGGUAGACCCGGACAGCACAUCAAGCUCGGGUUCGGAUUCCCCAAGCGACAAUGAUGGGCUUGAUUCAGCCAAUGCCGAUCCCCCAAACGAAGAAGAAGAUGGCUCACCAACGAGGAUUGACGUUACACCAGAUGAUGGGAGUAGAGAGAGCCGAAACGAAACAGAGCCACUGACAAACGCAGAUGAUGGCAAGGGAAGAUUCCCGUGGCAGUCGCAGUUCGUCGCAGUCAAUGGGAAAUAUUGGCGAAGUAGCAGCGCAUCAGAAUCCAGCGCAAAUGAUGAAAAUGACAUUGCUGGAAAGAGAGAUGUCGAGGAGGGAGAAAUCAACGAUAUCGAUAUAAGAAGACUUCCGAGUGAAUCAGACGACUCCGACACCACUUCAGAAGACUCAGAAGGAGAUGAAGAACAAGAAGCUGAUAAUUCUAUCAUGCUAAACGUCGGCUCCCAUGACUCAGAAGACGGCCAUCCAUCUGCGGACGGAGAUUAUCGUAAGCCCCGACCGCUAUCCACCCCUGCAGGAGGGCCUUCCAAUGGCGAUGGCCCCCUUGAUGCAGCCCUAUCACAGUCGAAAGAGGAUGCUCUUCACUACUCUUCCCGGAAAUAUCCUGCUGCGCCAGUCGCGCUUGCUGAUCUUAAUUCCGAAGAUUUUGAGACCCAAGCUAAGUUUAUAUACUAUGGCCAUGAAGCCCGUGACAUAGAUCUCAGCUUGCCAAUUGCCUGUACUGAAUGCUUGCAGGAGGGCCACCUUGCCGAAGUGUGUCCUUCCAAGGAGUGUGUACAUUGUGGUGCUUGGAACAAACACCAAAGUAGCUUUUGCCCUUCAUGGAGACGGUGCCAAAGAUGUCGUGAGCGAGGUCAUGAUGAGCAGCAGUGCUCUUCGCCACUGAAAAGCUCGGCAUCCGAAGUCCCUUGCGAUCUCUGUGGAUCCAAUGAGCACCUGGAGCUCGAUUGCGACGUUAUGUGGAAGCUCCCACAACGAAGCAAGUCUCCAGGCCCUGUGCUCGUUUCUAUUUCUUGCUCCCAUUGCACCAGCAAUCGCCAUCUGAUCGGAGACUGUCCAUCUCUUCCAAGGCCAAUGAUAUCAUCAUCAUGGACAUUGAAUGGAUUUGACCCUGACAUGAUAACCAAUACUAAUGCCGUCGUUCCUAGCAAGAAGAAGGAUAAGAGAAAUAAUCAGCGCUCUUUGAGGAUCCGGGGUCGAGCUGAUUUCCGUUCACCAUCCCCUGACAGCGAUGACAUGAUGGCACAUCCAAAUAAGCUCCAACGUGUUGGCCGCAAACCGAAUCGUGGAAGCAUUCGGUUUGACGGUGGCAUCGGCAGAAAUAGGGAUCUAGCUGGACCGGGGAAUUCUCGAAACCCACGCCAGGAUUAUCGUGAUCGUCAGGAUUCCUUUGCGAACGACCCGCGCCCUGGAAGGAUGCGAGGAAAGGACAGCUGGCAGCCAGCAUCCAAUGGCCCCCCACAAGGCCGAUCAGGGCCUCCUGCUCGUAACGCACGAGGCAGUGGACGAGGUGGUAGAAACAGACGAGGCGAUAAUAGAGACUCCUACCGCCCAAUGCCUAGUUCGGCGAAGAAGAACUGGGACAGGUUUAGACUUUGA